AGUUCAAACAAGUUUCUGACUUCCUGGAACAAGAUGGGACUGUGUUAAUUACAUAAGCAAAACGUAAAUGAUUCGCGGGAAAAAGCAAAAAAAUGGCGACCUGCACAAUCUGACUGCUUUUGAUAUAUCUGCUGCUCUUCGCUCAGCUUCAAGUACAGUGAGUGAGCUGGGUAUAUGAAAGAGAUUUGUCUAAAAUAUUCUGCAUCAGAGGUCAAGGCAGAGCGCAAACGUAAUUCCAGGUGCUAAUGGAGAGCGGUACGCUGGAUCUAGACAGUUACAGCACUUCCAGUCACGGGCUCCCAGAGUCCAUUGGAUCCACUAGGAAGUCUGGUAAUGGAUGGAAGCCUAUGGAAACAAGCCUGACUGAAGGGCAGUAUGUUCUGUGUCGGUGGACAGACGGGCUGUAUUAUUUGGGAAAGAUUCAAAGGGUGAGCGCCUCUAAGCAAAGCUGUUUAGUAACAUUUGAAGAUAACUCCAAGUUUUGGGUUCUGUGGAAAGAUAUCCAGCACGCUGGGAUCCCUGGUGAAGAGACGAGAUGCACAAUAUGUUCUGGAACUACGUUGGUGUCGCAAAACGAAAUCCUCAUUUGUGGAAAAUGUGGGCUAGGUUAUCAUCAGCUGUGUCACCUCCCCCAGGUCGAGAACGCUCAGGAUACGACUUCAACGCCAUGGUUUUGCAGAACAUGUAUUUUUGCAUUGGCAGUAAGGAAGGGAGGAGCGCUGAAAAAGGGACCCAUUGCCAAGACGCUGCAGGCAGUGAAAAUGGUGCUGCCCUACAUCCCAGAGGAGCUUGAGUGGGACUCCAUGCACAGGACCAAUCAGCAGCAGUGUUACUGUUACUGUGGGGGACCCGGAAAGUGGUGCCUGAAAAUGCUGCAGUGUUUCAGGUGCAGACAGUGGUUCCAUGAAGCCUGUAUCCAGUGUCUGAAUGAAACCAUGAUGUUCGGAGACAGAUUUUAUUUGUUUUACUGCUGCGUGUGCAAUAAGGGAGUGGAGUACAUCAGACGCUUAACCCUAAGAUGGGUUGACGUUGUCCACUUGGCUGUCUACAAUCUGGGGUUACAAAGCAAAAAGAAGUACUUUGAAUUUGAAGAGAUUCUGGCGUUUGUAAGUAGCAACUGGGACCAUCUGCAGCUUGGAAAGCUUUCCAACACACCUCCCCACGAGAGAGGCCAGUACCUCCUAGAAGCCCUCAAUAGAUAUAAAAGCAAGUUUCUUUGUGGGAAAGAAAUUAAAAAGAGGAAAUGCAUCUUCCGACUGAUCACACGGAUGCCCCCCAACCCCCCCUCCAAACUGUUCCCAGAGAAGACCCCCCACCCCUCGGAGGGCAGCGAGUGGAAGAAGAGAGGGAAGAGUACAAACAGCUCCCUGGCUCAGGAGUCCCAGCCCCAGAAAAAGAUGAAGAGGAAGAGUUCCAAGUGGUUGCUGGAGGAUGCCAUUCCAAGCAGCGACUUCACCUCAGCCUGGAGCACAAACGACCACCUGGCCAGUAUAUUCGACUUCACUUUGGAUGAACUUCAGAGCUUAAAAAGUGCCAGCUCGGGGAGGACCUUCAGUGUAGACCUGGACUCCACAGAUGCUGCAAGCACAUCUGGUUCUGCUACAACAAGCCUAUCCUAUGAGUCACGGAAGAACGUUGGCAGCAGGAAGAGGAAGCUGAGGACCAAAAGCUACACCCUGCUGGCGCCCAGGAGGGCGGCGACAGAGGGUUACGGCAGCCAGACCACAUUCGACACAGAGGCCUCCCCCGAAACCCCCGACAACGGCAUCGACAGCCACACCUUUGAGAGCAUCAGCGAGGACGACUCCUCCCUCUCGCACCUCAAGUCCUCCAUCAGCAGCUACUUUGGGGCGGCGGGGAGACUGGCGUGCGGGGAGAAGUACCAGGUCCUGGCCCGCAGGGUCACCCCCGAGGGGAAAGUGCAGUAUCUGGUGGAGUGGGAGGGUACCACGCCCUACUGACCCAUCACCGAACCCUGGGGAGCAGCACGGGAAACAAGGACUUGGAUUGGCAUCUUCUUCAUUCAGUCGUCCGUUUUAUGGGGACGUUACAGUAUUUUAACCUGCGGGAUAUGCCUCCGUGUUAGAUGCAGUAAACAGGUACCUGUUGUGCUUCUAUUGCAGGCGGGAUGUCUUUUGUGUUUUUUUUCCCUUAUAAAAGUUUAGCGCGGCAAAGUGUGGCGAGGCACAGAGAAAACAGGAAUAAAACAUUGUAAAGAAUAUAAAUAUUGUUAAUCGUGGUAAAAACAUGGGGAACUUUGGGGAUAUGAGACCCGUUUACCAUAGAAAACUUGUAUGUGGGUUUAUACUGCAAUUUAUUGUAGCAUAACAGCAUGCCACGCAGGUAUAUUUCCGUGAAGGCAGUGAAAGGUUCAUUAUUUCACCAGUCCGGUAUUGCAGUAAGAUAGGGUACCGAUUGGUAUUGUAACAUGUACAGUACACAGUGACCCUUUCUUGCUUGAAGCGGCGAGUAGCACAGUAUUAGUAGGUUGGCCGUUGUUGAACUGUAUACGAUCGUGGCGGGUGUGCGGGAGAGCAGUUACUCUGUUGGAAAGUCCCUGCAUUUCUCAGGAUGUUAACUGGUUUGACUCAUUCUAGACUUGUGAUGCAGUCCAGUGACAAAUGGGUUCAGCCCAUCUGCUAGUUUAGUUCCAGUAAAUGACUCCUAUCUGAUACCUGUAGCAUUUUUUCCCUUGUUAUACGGCUUUGUUUCACACGUGGUAGCGAAUACAGGUUUCUUUUUUUUAGCUUUGCAAUGCAGUGGUUCAAAAAGAACAUUUCAGAAAAUGUAGCCAUUGGUGCAGAACAACUUAAUCCAUUAAUAAUAGGCUUCCCUGCAGACAACAGAACUCACUGAAUGAUCUUCAGUGGCGAUGCAGACAGACAAGCGCAAAGCUGCAACUCUGUACAAAGAGGCAAAGGAUAUCUACAGGGGUAUUAGCCAUUGAUAGAAUGCUACCACAACGGUAACAUAUAUUUAUGACAUACCACUGGUAUCAAAAUGAACCAAUACACCUUGAUAAUCUAGUGCAGUAUCAUCGGGCUAGCGAAACAGGACCACUGUGCAAUACUUGUCCCACGUCGAUUGUGUUUGCCAUUGCUGGUAAUAUUGUGGUCUGCUAAUGGCUUCUUCAGGGUAAUACAUUGCUGUUCUAAGGGACUUGACUGUAGAUUAUUUCUUGGUCUAGCCUUAGUUUGACCCUGCAAGACGUUUGGAACAUUAAAUAGAGAGUUCCAGAGACACUAACCAGUAAAGAUUUUGUUUGGAUUUUUAUAGAAGUGGAUUGUAAAACAAACCAACGACCCAGUCACUAGGUAAAAAUCUAUGUUCCACAUGGAGCAAACACAAAACUGUGUAACUUUUCUUAUUAAAGCAUCAACCCUAUUAAAAACAGCAUGAAAGACAGCCUGAAUUGUUGGGAUUGUGCUGCGGAGUGAAAGAAUAGACCAGUGGAGUUUAACUUCAGUGUUAAAGCUGACCAGGGCGGUAAUUCCUCCAUCUGCACUAGCAAAGCCAAUCAACGUUUCUUAUAAUACUGUCUGUGAUCAGAUCCACUUUCUAUGAACGCUACAGCAGAUUAGUUCUACUAGUUUACCAUGUGUUUAGCUGCUAGUUAAAACUCAACGCUAGGUUUAUGAACUGGCUGUCAGAUUACCCCAAUUUCAUGACUCGCACGUAAACCUGAAAAGAUGUGUCCUUUUUUUUUUUUUUUUGUCCAGUAUGUUUUCUUUACUCCGUACAUAUAUAUUUGUCUUUUUGGUUCUUUUUUGUUCCCUCUCGUAUUGUAAAAAUUGGCAGAGCAUAGUUGUGGAUGUACAUACAGCACAUUAGCUGUAGUGUAUUCGACCCUUUUCAAAGAUAAACAAGUUUGAAUUUUAAUGUGCAAAGUCUGGUGUAUACAUGUUGCCAGGUCUGUGUGGAUGAAUGACAUGUUUGUAGAACAUAACAUAGACUGGCUUGCCACUUUAUUAGGACGUUGUAUCAAAUACUGGCUUGGCUCACCGUUUGACACAAGGUGCUGGAAGGUGUCUCAAGGGAUGUUCAUCCAUUCAGUCGUUAGUCUUUGACGCAGUUGGUGUAGGCAGGUUGAUGAAUGUGUCGUUCAAGCUCGUCCAUGCAAACUUAAUUGCAUUAAAAUGCAGGGAUUGCGGUGGCCAUGGAAGGUGACUGAGGUCCUCAAGGGAAUAUCCUCCAAGGAAAAUCAAGGGGCCCAGGGUAUACCAGGGGAACAUGCGCCACACCAGGGCCAUGCCAGAUCCAAUCGGGUAGACAGGUCCUAAUAAAGUGUCCAGGCAGUUUGUGUUUUGGAGUAGGGGAGUGAAACCAGAUUAAUGGAGAGAGGGCUUCUGUAGAACCAUAUUUUCAAGUCUGCUGGCAAAAGGCAUGGGAAUUGGUUUUACUUGGUGCUGCUGCUUGUUGUGCAAAAAAAGCUUACAGGUGAUCCGAAACAAGUGGAGAAUAGGGUCAUAACACCCUCAGGGGUGGCCAAGGAUUCCAGUCCUGGUCUGUGUUCGAACCCUGUUCUAAAUUGUUCAAUUGAACCAAUUCAGGCUCCACCCAGACCCUGCAGUUCACCUGUAAGACCUGGAGUGGAAUAGCCCUCCAAGACCGGGAUUGGCCACCCCUGCUCUAGAUUGUGUUUUGAGGUUUUGUGGGUCUCUUCUCCUUGGUUAUUAACAGGGUAUCCUUUUCUUCCAAGGCCUGCGGUUUGGUUUGUUCUGCCUAGUGUUGCUGUCUUCCCAGUAGUGGGCUUAUUCUAACCCUUGAGAGGCUUGAUGCGUUCUAUGGAGAGAUGAGGCAGUGUAGACUCAACCCAAAUGAUCUUUUUAAGGAACUCACCAAAAUUAGAACGCUGGACACGAAUACAGUACAGCUCUGAAAUAUACUCGAAUGCAUGCUAUUUUUUUAUGUUUUUGUUCUAUAAAUUUAUAUUUAGAUAGUAUUUAUAUAAUCGCUCAUUCUGGCAAAUAAUAAUUAAGGGACCAAAAUAUUAUUCCUGUAUAAAAACACAGUUUGGCAUACUGUCUAACAGACUGCCGUUUACAUUAGGUUUGUAUUGUCUGUAUUUUUGCAUUGCAGCGAUAGUCUAGCCUUUUCUUUGUAAGUGUUUAAGCAGAACUUUACUUUUUAAACUUACAUAUCUGACUGGCUUAUCUUUACUAAUGUAUGCAUCUGGUUUAGAUUCAGUUUGUAUCCUUGUAUAAUCCAGUCAUCGCAUUCCCUGGCAUCUUUUUAAAACACAGAACUUUAACCCUUUCAUGCAUGGCGACCUAAUAUGGGGGGACAUAUGGAAGACGCAAAUGUAUGAUGGCCUCAUAUGAGGAUUCUAUUUUUCCCCAUACAAAGUGUCCAAAACUCCUUUUUUAAAAAAAGCUAUUUUUAAUAUUUCAUGCAUGAAAGGGUUAAAGCUUCAUUGUGGCUUCAGGAUUGCUCUCAGAAUCAUGUCUCCAGAGCGUGUCUAUUAACCACACAGCCCUGCCCAAGUGGAUAGAAGAAAUGCCACGUUUGUUCUGUGUGGUGUUUCAAAGACUGUAAAAUGAUACUUUUGCAUUUCAGAACAUUUGAUUGGAUAAUAUAUCAGCUAAUCCCCCUUUUUGCACAUAAACCACAACUUAACUGCUUACAUGUUUAGUAAUACUUUUUUUUCGACUAAAUCUGAAAUAAGAUGUUUUACCGCUGACACCCACUAGAUGGUGCUAUUGCCUAAUUAUAAUGUAUAUCCUUUUAAUGCAACAGUAACCCCUACUGGCUUGGUCUGAAAAUACCAUUUGGUGGCAAGGUUCUGGAAUUUAAAAGAUAUGCUUUUAAAAGCAGUAACACUAAACACUAUCAUUUCGGUUAUCUGUCCGAAGUAUAUAUUUUUGAGCAGGUAAACACAACAUCUUGUCCAGUAGGAAGUCUGUUUUACUGCUUGGCCUUCUUUUGAAUUGCACUAUUUCCAAAUGCCUUUGACUAUGCAAAUUAGUGUAAAAUGAUGGUACCUGGUUAAUCAAAAUUGACCGUUUUCUUUGUUAUAUAAUAUUGCCCUAUUGUGUCUUAAUGGUUCACACCAGUUAUUGUAUUUGUAUGACAAAUAACAAUAUUGCCCUUUUCACCUUCCAGCGAAGAACGUAAUUCACUUAAAAUGUAAAUCAGUUAAACUGAAUAGAUGCUUAAAAGCAAAGAGUAUAUAUAUAUAUAUAUAUAUGUCUAUUUUAAAUGGAAUGGACGCUGUUGACUUUGAGAAACUCAAUAAGGAAGCUGUUAGUGUCUUUAUUCUGACCUUUUUUUCUUUUUUUCUUUUGACUUCACUGCUCUGACUGGGUACCUGAGACAUUAGCACUGGUGCUGUUUGUCAGGCGUAAUUUUAAUGAUUAGAAAAGCAUUGCUCAUUGUUACUGUUUUCUACAUGCAAAAAAUGACUUUCAAAUGUACUGUAAAAAUACAGAGUAAAACUAAUGAUGCCAAAAAUACAGAACCCCCAAACCCCCAUGUUUACAGAAACGCCAGAUAGGUUAAACUGAUAUUUACCACUCAGUGUAGUGAGGUAUUAACUCCCUCUCUAUAAUGCACAUAUAGUGAAGCAAAAAUUUAACAUUCCGUGAAUUAACCAUGCAUAAUGCACCAUGUAAUCAACAGUAUAUUUUUUACAAAAAAAAAAAAAAGGUCACAUUCCCACUCGUGGAUCAUUUUAAUUAGCAGUUUUUAAACUAUAAAUAGCCGGGCUAAACAGCGGUCGGGAGUUCAGUUCGAAGCGACAGAGAAGCCAACCAAGUGUGAGAAGGAGAGCGGGUCGGGAGAGGGGAAGAGGGAAUGGGCUCGCCCCAGGUUCGGUUGCCGGAGCGGGGCUGAAGCGUCUCGUCUCCCGGAGAAAGCAGCAGCUCCUCUCGCAGCAAAAAAAGUAAAUACAUUAGGAAAGAUUACCGCCUAAAAGGCCUAAUAUUUAUUUAGUUAUAAAGCUUUUCUCCAGUUCAGAUACUGUAUCAAAAGGGAGAGGCAGAAACAGAAAUUAGACUGAGAAGUUGUUUACAGUUUGAACACCGGUACUGUGUUUACUGUAGAAAUAUUGCAUGAAUCACUAGUAUGGGGAAUUGCUGUAGGAGCGUUAUAUCCGAGGCCCGCUAUAACCGAGAGCCUUAUAGUGAGGGAGCACUGUAGUUCCACUAUGGUGUAUACUAUUUGACCAGGAGAGGGCAUCAGUGUACACAAAACUCUUAUUGUCAGUUGUACAGCUGAGGACACCAGACAACUUCAAGAUUUUAUAUAUAUAUAUAAUUUUAUCCCCCAAAAAUUGGGAUGUAAAACAAGAGAAUCUAUAUAUAGGCAGUCGUUAGCAGCUGCAUUGUUAAUUAUACACUAAGAUGUGAAGAGCAGCAGCAUUAUGUCAACAUGCUUUUGAAAUAUUUCUAUUGAAAUCUACUGACGGGAGAUGCGUUGAGGGCUGUGCAGUUGAUACCGUGCCAGUUGCAAUCAGCAGUGUGUGUUCUUGUUCCGAGCGCCAGCAGCUUGCACUAUUAAACCUGAGCUUGAGAUAGUAUGAUCACACAGGCUGCACAGCGGGGCGCGCUGACAGAUCGGAUUGUUUAAACUGCAGAGACAGGUGGUGUUCAAAUUCAGCUGCCAGUUUGUGCUCAGCGCUCCCUCCCUCCCCCCCCGAUGUUAAUUAAUAACUGCACCUAAAUGAGUUUGUGUGCAUGCUUUACCUAAUCAAGGCUCCAGAGGCAUCAGAAUCAAGUAAUAAAAUUAAAUAACGACAGGCCUCACAGAGAGCACGAGGAGCAAUUCCAGAUAAAGAGCUGAUAAAUGACUCUUCAGUGCGUGCUUUGAUUGAAGUUAUUGAACAGACAGUAACCAAAAGGUCACUUUUGAUUCGUCUAAAGUGCUGCUAUUGUGGGGGGGAAAAAAGGAGGAGAACGAAUCCAUUUUCUCCAUGUUUUACAGAUACUUUGGGUCACUUUUCUGUUUCCUUUCUGGUGUUUUAAAGCAGAUGCACCUGAAGAGGUAUUAUUAACCAAGUCUUUCCUCAUAGUCACAGUACCACGAGUCCCUUAUCAAUUUGCUGUAGGUUGUUUGGUCUGCCUGUCGCUGGUAGUUUGGGACUAAACUAACACUUGGCAUUUUUAGAGGGGGAUGCGGUCGUUUUAACUGCAUAUAUCUUGCAAGAAAUCAUUGAAUUCCUUCCUGCAACUAGCUUGUUCGUUGCAAGUUUUAUCCCUUUCGAAUUCCCCGAUACAGCAUAUAGUGUCGGUGGAGGACUCAGGUGGGGUCUUGAGAUGCUGCACAGUGUGUGAAAUUGGACAGCAGUGCUCUGUGAACCGAUUAAAGAUCAGGUGCUGAGUCCCAAGAAAAGCAGCGAUCAUCACAAAAUCCACUUGUUUCACUUAGAAAGGUAAAUCUCACGAAUGACCCUCGCCUGUGGAGAGCCUGAUCCGGAUAAUUGAAUAAACGGACAGAAAACCCAGCGUGUGCCCUUCCUGUGAGUCAAACCGAUCCACGGCAACUUAAGAGGCUUGUGUUAAAUUAGAGGAAAGAAUGUUUUUCAAUAAACCUUGGUUAAUACCUGAAACACUGCAGCACCCAGUCCACCGACCAGCGUAGGGCUUAAAAUUAAACAGACAGGUAGAACUGAAAAGCAACCCCAGAACUCAUUGUCAAAGUGCCUGAACACAUACAAAUGAUUUGAAAACACCGUAUGUGAGUAAUUGCAAGGACCACUCCGUUAAAGUUAUUGCAGACAGCAAAUGUAAUUUGAAGCUAAUGACUCUUUUAAGCUUUAUAUUUAGGGCUACAACAUGUUUCUUACUACAAGCCCAGGUUUAUGUAUUCUUGUCGACUUCAUUAUGGUCUGACAUUUAAAUCUCUAAAUGAAAGACGCUUUACCUAUUCCCUGAACUUCUCUGCUGAAAGGAAAGUAACACGUGAUUCUAUCUGAUAAGUUCAUUGUAGUGGCUGCUGUUAGAGAUAAGUUUGCACACUUUUUUUGUUUUUGUUUUUUGUGUCCUAGACACGCGCUUGCCUCUUUCUUAUUUAGUGAAACGUUUAAGAAAUGUUUUUUAAUGCUGCAUAUUUCAGCUAUGCACUGGAUAUCUGUGAGAUAAACCACUUUAGAAAAUUCAUAUUCUCGAUUUGCUUUCUGUACAUUGUUUUCUUAUUUCCGGUUUGCAAAAUAGGUCUAUUGUACGAAAAAAAAGAAAAAAAAAGAAAAAUUAUGUUACACACAUCCAAUGUGUUUGCUUUAUUAUAGUAACUAUACUUGUAACACCAUUAAUGUAUUUCUAUUGUGCUAUACCAAAUAAAAAGCAACUUAACAUGUACCACUGGUUUCCAUUACGCUUAUUAUAGCCCCACAGCAAAUCCACAUAACUUGGAGAAACUGAAGGUUCCAUGGGCGUCCUCCAAUCCCACGAUCGAGCCAGCUUCCUCUUCUACACCCAGGAACUCCAGAGCGGAUGUCAGCGGGGUACCUGGUGGGGGGCAAAGGCCAGCCCUACAGAUAUCUGCCCGAGCUCACUAGGCGCCUGGCCAGUAGGGCCCGCUGGAGCUCAGUGUGGAGAAACAGUUCCUGAUGGCUUUGCCUCCCUAACCCACGGAAGCGACAAGGUCAAUGCUGUGCUCCCUCCUUACUCCCUAGCAAAGACCGGCAACUUCACACAGCCAGGACGUGAACCUGCGCUGCCCUGACUGUAUGACUCACCCUGUGCACCACAUGGCCGUGCUUUUACCAGGUGAGCCACUCAGGGACCCCUUCAUUACUGUGUGUUAAUCGUUUGAUAAGAGUGGAUGUGUGUGUUAAUUGAUAAAUGACGUGAAUCUUAUCUGUUUUGCACCUCCAUUAGCUACAUAGGUCUCAAAUGUGCCGCUGUGAGAGGAACAUGUGUUCUAGCAACCAGUAAGUGUUAAGUUAAUUCACAUGCAGUGAAUGUUACAGUACACCACCAGAUUGAAUAUUAU